UAAGAAGUUUGUAUACUUACGAAAAAAAUUCAAGUUGGUAAUACAUAAAUUGCGCACUAACAUGUAUUAUAAAAAUAAAUUUGUAAAGUGUGGGUUGGUAAUUGAAAUUAUAAACGUAAGUUAUCAAAAUUAAGAGAACUUAAGGCAAUAUAAUUGAUAAAGAACUUUUGGUAUUGCUUAGCAAUGUUCAAGAAAAAUAUUCGCCUCUUACAACGAUACAGGAAAAGGCUAAAUAGGUCGCUGGAGUUUAUGGAUUGAAUGACUGCAAAACUUCAAAUGAGUGGCUCGAUAAAAUUAAAAGGGAUAACAUUCUAUAAAAAUAAAUUUGUGAAGAAUCAUCAGCAGUUGAUAAUUAGAAUACUAAAUUACCAAACGUAAUUGAAAAUUUUGUGGAACAAGACAUCUUGAACGCCAGUGAGACUAGGCUUUACUUUCGAAUUCUAUCCAACAAAAAAUGUAUGAACACGCUGUUUUAAACUAUAAGCUAAUUUAAAUAUAUAUAAAUUAAGAGGGGAAGGAGAAAUAUGAAUUUUAAUUUUGGGAGUAAAUUUAAGAAUAGACAUAUAGCUGUAUCUAUUCAUACUACAUACCCUACAUACAGACACUUAUUAUUUACUUAAGAUACUCUUUUUAAAUUUAAAAAUAAUAAUAAAUUAUGUUGGUGAUUGCUUAUAUGUUAAAUAUACACCAAUUUAAUCGAAAAAUGUUCAUAAGGUAUUCAAAAUAAUAAUAACAUAUUAUUAUUAAUAUAAACUCUUAGAGUAAAAAUGAAGAACUGGCAAUUGAUAACUUUUUUGUUGAUAAUUUCCUGUUUAAUAUUUAACAAAGCAAAUGAAAAUAGAAAUUCAGAUGACGAAAAAAUAUGCCAAUAUGAAAAUAAAAAUACAGUAUUAACAGAUUCAAAUUGCAACUUAGAACCAUUAUAUUUAGCUCACGAAAAUGGAUGUCAGAAGGAUAAACAUACGAUUACAGAAGCUACAGAUAAAAGGCAUUUAAAAUAUUUAAAAUAUGUAAAGGCAAAUGGAUGUGAUUGGGAUGUAGAUACAACAAGAAUUGCUGCUGCAAAUGGACAUUUAGAAUGCUUAAAAUAUGCUCAUGAAAAUGGAUGUCCUUGGAGUGAAGGCACAAUUUUAGCUACUGCUAUAAAUGAUAAAUUAGAUUGUUUAUUAUAUGCGCAUAAAAAUGAAUGUAAAUGGGAUAAAGGAACGACAAUUGAAGCAGCUAACAAAGGUAAUAUUGAUAUUUUAAAAUAUGCUCACGAAAACGGGUGUGAAUGGGAUGAUGGUACAACAAGAUCUGCUGCAGCAAGAGGUUUUUUUGAUAUUUUAAAAUAUGCCCACGAAUGUGGUUAUAAUUGGGACGAGUCUACAACUAGAGCUGCUGCAGCAAGUGGCAGUUUAGACUGCCUAAAGUAUGCUCAUGAAAAUGAAUGUCCAUGGGAUAAAACAACAACAGAAGCAGCUGCUUAAAA